CUUACCCACUGUGCCAUGACUGACAAAACCACCUGUUGGAUGUGCAUGAUGAUUGGGCCAACUCAUGCUGCACUCCCCCUCCUGUGUCACCGGCCGGAGCCUGUGCGUUGUAGCAAUCCCUCGCCUGUACCGAAUAUUUGUCACGUGGCGAUUAAGCUCCAGGUAGCCUGGACCGGGCUCCCUUCGCUGGCUGAUUGGUUGUGCUUGUGUUUGCAGUGUGACCCUGGGAAGUCCACCAAGUACCUGUACGAGCUGCUCUACAACGAGCCCAUGAAGAUUGUCCUCAUGCCCGGCUGCAGUGGAGUCUCUACCCUGGUUGCUGAAGCAGCCCGGAUGUGGAAUCUGAUUGUGCUCUCGUACGGUUCCAGCUCUCCGGCUCUCUCCAACCGCCAACGCUUCCCCACCUUUUUCCGGACCCACCCGUCCGCCACCCUCCACAAUCCCACCCGGGUCAAGCUCUUCAAGAGGUGGGGCUGGACGAAGAUCGCCACCAUUCAACAGACCACGGAAGUCUUCACCUCGACCCUGGAUGAUUUGGAGCAGCGGGUGAAGGAGGCGGGGAUUGAGAUCAGCGUGCGGCAGAGCUUCCUCACAGACCCCGGCGUCGCUGUCAAAAACCUCAAGAGACAAGAUGCCCGCAUCAUCGUCGGGUUGUUCUACGAGACCGAGGCGAGGAAAGUCUUCUGCGAGGUACUGGUGACAGACAUCGGCCGGGAUCUUUGUUCCAGGCUCCUCCGCCGCUGCCAUGUCCAGGAUGGAGUCGGUCAUAGGCCUCAGGCCUUACUGCUGCAGGCCUGCACAGCCUGGGUCUCCCCUAGAGACCGUACGGCCUGCCUCAGCUCCCCAGAACUGGGCCUCCCUCUUGGACCACUCUGGCUACCAGUCAAAAGGAGGAGACCAGACACUGCCUGCAUCAGGAGACCAGACGGUCCCUGCACCAGGAGACCAGACACUGCCUGCAUCAGGAGAUCAGACACUGCCUGCACCAGGAGACCAGACACUGCCUGCACCAGGAGACCAGACGGUCCCUGCAUCAGGAGACCAGACACUGCCUGCAUCAGGAGACCAGACGGUCCCUGCACCAGGAGACCAGACACUGCCUGCAUCAGGAGAUCAGACACUGCCUGCACCAGGAGACCCAGGAGCCAGACACUGCCUGCAUCAGGAGAUCAGACACUGCCUGCACCAGGAGACCAGACACUGCCUGCAUCAGGAGACCAGACGGUCCCUGCAUCAGGAGACCAGACACUGCCUGCAUCAGGAGACCAGACGGUCCCUGCACCAGGAGACCAGACACUGCCUGCAUCAGGAGACCAGACACUGCCUGCAUCCAGAGACCAGACACUGCCUGCAUCAGGAGACCAGACACUGCCUGCAUCAGGAGAUCAGACACUGCCUGCAUCAGGAGACCAGACACUGCCUGCACCAGGAGAUCAGACGGUCCCUGCACCAGGAGACCAGACACUGCCUGCACCAGGAGACCAGACACUGCCUGCAUCAGGAAACCAGGCACUGCCUGCAUCAGGAGACCAGACACUGCCUGCACCAGGAUUCCAGACACUGCCUGCACCAGGAGACCAGACACUGCCUGCAUCAGGAAACCAGACAUUGCCUGCACCAGGAUUCCAGACACUGCCUGCACCAGGAGACCAGACACUGCCUGCAUCAGGAGACCAGAUACUGCCUGCAUCAGGAGAUCAGACACUGCCUGCAUCAGGAGACCAGACACUGCCUGCACCAGGAGACCAGGCACUGGCUGCAUCAGGAAACCAGACAUUGCCUGCAUCAGGAGACCAGACACUGCCUGCAUCAGGAGACCAGGCCCAGCCUGCACCAGGAGACCAGACGGUCCCUGUCUCAGGAGACCAGACGCUGUCUGCACUAGGAAACCAGAUGGUCUCUGUAUCAGGAACCAGCCACUGCCUGCACCAGGAGACCAGACGGUCCCUCGUCCUUACCCUUGACUGUUGUUGCCUUGCCUUUGCAGGUGGGACCCCUCCUGCUGACCAUACGAAGGUCAUCCCGACUUUUCGAUACUUAUCCCAGAAGCUCUUCGUGUCGGUCUCGGUGCUGGCCGGGCUCGGGAUUUUGCUGGGAAUCAUCUGCCUCACAUUUAACAUCUACAACAGUAACGUCCGGUACAUUCAGAACUCCCAGCCCUACCUGAAUAACAUGACGGCAGUGGGCUGCACCCUGGCCCUGGCGGCUGUAUUCCCGCUCGGAUUAGACGGUUACCACAUCCACCAGUGGCACUUCCCUCUGGUUUGCCAGGCUCGAGUGUGGUUACUAGGCCUGGGCUUCAGCCUAGCUUAUGGCAGCAUGUUCACCAAGAUCUGGUGGGUCCACACCGUCUUUACCAAGAAGGACGACAAGAAGGAGAAACGGAAAGAAGCCCAGCACCUGGAGCCCUGGAAACUCUACGCCACAGUCAGUGUGCUGCUGGCCAUUGAUGUCCUCACACUGGCGGUCUGGCAAAUCGUCGACCCUCUUCACCGCACCAUCGAGGAGUUCUCUAAGGAGGCCCCAGCAGGGGACCAGGGUGUCCUGAUCCUGCCGCAACUGGAGCACUGCAGUUCCAACAAGAUGAACACGUGGCUCGGGAUUGUCUAUGGAUACAAGGGCCUGUUGCUUCUCCUCGGGAUAUUCCUGGCCUACGAAACGAAGAGCGUUUCCACGGAGAAGAUCAACGACCACCGAGCAGUGGGGAUGGCCAUUUACAACGUCGCUGUGCUCUGUAUGAUCACCGCCCCAGUCACCAUGAUAGUUAGCAGUCAACAGGACGCUGCCUUUGCCUUCGCUUCCCUCGCUGUUGUCUUCUCCGUCUAUAUCACCCUGGUGGUCCUGUUCGUCCCCAAGGUUCGUGACUUCCUGCCCUUUCACCGGGGUGGAGGCCCCGGGACUGUUGACCUUUCUACAAAUGAUUCAGACUCGGGAAUUGGAAGUGCGAUAACUAGAUUUGCGGAUGCCAACAAAAUUAGGAGACCUAAUAGACACAGAGGAGGUUUGCAACGAGACAUGAGAAAAGACGAUUAA